UCCUUUCUCCCUUUUUCCUCUCUACUUUUUCCUCUUUUCUCUAUUUCCUUAACCUUCCCAAAACCCUAGCGCCGCAUCGGGACGCUACAAUUUGCCUCCCUCUGGUUCUCGACCUUGUUCCGGUCUUCUUCAUCGGUUUAUGUCAAUCUCUUCAUCAUCUCACAGUCAUCGUCUACCGAUAUUUCAAGUGAUGAAAUCUUCGAUUGAUCUCAAUGAUCAAGAGUCAAGAAACAAAGACUCAAAAAACACUAAUUCCAAACUUCAGAUGGUUCCGUCAUCACGAAAUGCAAGAUUUUCACUUCCCAACAUCCCUGUUUGGGCAAGGUGGGCUUUGGGGGCCUUGGUUUGCUUGGCUCUUCCAUUCUACAAGAGAAUACUAAGAAUAGAAGACGGAUUGGAGAAAACAGUAGAAACGGUGGUGGAGGGCGUUGAAAAAGCAGCUGAAACGACUGAAAAAAUAGCCUCGGAUAUCGCCAAUGCUUUGCCAGAAGGAAAGUUAAAGCAAGUAGUUCUUGAGGUGGAGAAUAUAGCUGAACAAAUUGAUGAUGGUGCAGAGAAAAUUGAAGAAUUCUUAGACAAGGUUGAGAAAAUAGAGGACAAGGUGGAGGAUUUGGUGGAGCCCAUUACUGAGGAAGGAAAAAAAUAAAGAGGGAGAGAGCAAAGUUCAGAAUGAAGCUUCACCAAAGACUGAUUUGCCAAAAACCACUUCAGAACCAAAUGACAAAUAAAUGUAUAUUAAUAUUUAUUUAAAAAUCAUUAAAAGGAAAUAUGAAAACCAACACUCUAUUGUGUAUUAUUAAUUUAUUCA